GCCAGUGGGCUGCAGGCGCAGGCGCAGGCACAGGCUAGGGGUUGGGUGGCGGUUGAGACAGCGGCGGUACUGGGAUGGGUAGGUGAGGAUCCCGAGACUGCCUGAGCUUCUGCGCGCGGUGCUUUUGGGAACGCGGGACAGGCAACUUGCGGCGCCAGGAGCUGGGCCGAGGCGCGGCGGCGCGGCUGCCGGCUGCCGUUGGGAUGGGAAGUUACGGCGAAGUCCACCCAGCGUUUCUGAGGUGUCUCCAGGCUGGUGAUGGGCAAGCCAGGUGUGCCAGGUCCAGGAUGCACAUGAGGAGCGUUUGUAGCCAUCACUGAAUCACCUCCUGACUAGCGGGGCAAACCUCAAAUGAACCGCAGGAUUUCGGGCAAUCUGAAGGCAAAUCCUGUUUAGACCCAGACGAAGGUUCCUGGUGACCCAGGCUCUCACCAGCCAAUUGUCCUUUGCCGUCCUCCUGAGGGUGUCUGGAGUUUCAGCGCUGUGUGCUCUUGGCCUCCACGCUGGGGAUGCCACUGACUCCCACUGUCCAGAGCUUCCAGUGGAUUCUCCGAGGCCCUGAUGUAGAAACUUCCCCAUUCGGUGCACCAAGAGCAGCCUCACAUGGUGUGGGCCAACAUCAAGAGCUGCCAGAUCCAACAGAUGGCCAAUCUUUCCUAAGCUGCUCGCCUUACAAGAAAAAGAAUCGUACUGCUAAGAAUUCAAACUUCAGCAGUCAUGGGGAGUCUUGGGAGGAGCCCGAGUCACUGAUGGAAUUGGACAGUGCAUGGAGAUGGUUCAGCAGGAUGAGGUGCUGAAAACUCAUCGCUGUGUGACCUCAAGUAAGCCAUGUAACUCUGUGAACUUGCAGUUUUAUCAUUUUUAAAAUAAAGAAACAUGACAGAUUUUCAUUAUGACACAGGAUGUCAGGUCUCCCAAAUGCCGGAAAAUAUAUUUACUUAAAGCCGUUGAUACAUCUUAAAGCAGUAUCCUUACAGUGUGAUUGGAGGACAGCGCGGGCUGCAGAGAGACACGCUUUGAAAUGGGAUUGAUCCAGUCCUCCUUCCUUCACUUCCACAUGAAUACUGGACAGCCCAGGAUCACACUCACUGCACCCUCAACUCAGUCCCUGGCCCCACCUCUUCUGCCACAAACGUCAACAUGGUGGUGUCUGCUGGCCCUUGGUCCAGUGAGGAGGCAGAGAUGAACAUUCUAGAAAUCAACAAGAAAUCGCGCCCCCAGCUGGCAGAGAACAAACAGCAGUUCAGAAACCUCAAACAGAAAUUUCUUGUAACUCAACUGGCCUACUUCCUGGCCAAGCAGCAGAAUAAUUACGAGUAUGAAGACUGCAAAGACCUCCUCAAAUCUAUGCUGAGGGAUGAGCGGCUGUUCAAGGAAGAGAAGCUUGCAGAGCAGCUCGGGCAAGCUGAGGAGCUCAGGCAAUAUAAAGUCCUGGUUCACUCUCAGGAACGAGAGCUUACCCGAUUAAGGGAGAAGUUACAGGAAGGGAGAGAUGCCUCCCACUCAUUGAAACAGCAUCUCCAGGCCCUCCUCACUCCGCAUGAGCCGGACAACUCCCAGGGACGGGACCUCCGAGAACAGCUGGCUGAGGGAUGUAGGCUGGCACAGCACCUCGUCCAAAAGCUCAGUCCAGAAAAUGACGAAGAUGAGGAUGAAGAUGUUAAAGUUGAGGAGGCUGAGAAAGUACAGGAAUUAUGUGCUCCCAGGGAGGUGCAGAAGGCUGAAGAAAAGGAAGUCCCUGAGGACUCACUGGAGGAAUGUGUCGUCACUUGUUCAAAUAGCCACGGCCCUUGUGAGUCCAACCAGCCUCACGGGAACACCAAAAUCAUAUUUGAGGAAGACCAAGUCGACUCAACUCUAGUUGUAGACAAUGAAUCCUCUGAUGAUGAAUGGCAGGAUGCUGUAAACCUUCUCCCAGUCCCUGACCCCACCUCUUCUGCCACAAACGUCAGCAUGGUGGUGUCUGCUGGCCCUUGGUCCAGUGAGGAGGCAGAGAUGAACAUUCUAGAAAUCAACAAGAAAUCGCGCCCCCAGCUGGCAGAGCACAAACAGCAGUUCAGAAACCUCAAACAGAAAUUUCUUGUAACUCAACUGGCCUACUUCCUGGCCAACCGGCAGAAUAAUUACGAGUAUGAAGACUGCAAAGACCUCCUCAAAUCUAUGCUGAGGGAUGAGCGGCUGUUCAAGGAAGAGAAGCUUGCAGAGCAGCUCGGGCAAGCUGAGGAGCUCAGGCAAUAUAAAGUCCUGGUUCACUCUCAGGAACGAGAGCUUACCCGAUUAAGGGAGAAGUUACAGGAAGGGAGAGAUGCCUCCCACUCAUUGAAACAGCAUCUCCAGGCCCUCCUCACUCCGCAUGAGCCGGACAACUCCCAGGGACGGGACCUCCGAGAACAGCUGGCUGAGGGAUGUAGGCUGGCACAGCACCUCGUCCAAAAGCUCAGUCCAGAAAAUGACGAAGAUGAGGAUGAAGAUGUUAAAGUUGAGGAGGCUGAGAAAGUACAGGAAUUAUGUGCUCCCAGGGAGGUGCAGAAGGCUGAAGAAAAGGAAGUCCCUGAGGACUCACUGGAGGAAUGUGUCGUCACUUGUUCAAAUAGCCACGGCCCUUGUGAGUCCAACCAGCCUCACGGGAACACCAAAAUCAUAUUUGAGGAAGACCAAGUCGACUCAACUCUAGUUGUAGACAAUGAAUCCUCUGAUGAUGAAUGGCAGGAUGCUGUAAACCUUCUCCCAGUCCCUGACCCCACCUCUUCUGCCACAAACGUCAGCAUGGUGGUGUCUGCUGGCCCUUGGUCCAGUGAGGAGGCAGAGAUGAACAUUCUAGAAAUCAACAAGAAAUCGCGCCCCCAGCUGGCAGAGCACAAACAGCAGUUCAGAAACCUCAAACAGAAAUUUCUUGUAACUCAACUGGCCUACUUCCUGGCCAACCGGCAGAAUAAUUACGAGUAUGAAGACUGCAAAGACCUCCUCAAAUCUAUGCUGAGGGAUGAGCGGCUGUUCAAGGAAGAGAAGCUUGCAGAGCAGCUCGGGCAAGCUGAGGAGCUCAGGCAAUAUAAAGUCCUGGUUCACUCUCAGGAACGAGAGCUUACCCGAUUAAGGGAGAAGUUACAGGAAGGGAGAGAUGCCUCCCACUCAUUGAAACAGCAUCUCCAGGCCCUCCUCACUCCGCAUGAGCCGGACAACUCCCAGGGACGGGACCUCCGAGAACAGCUGGCUGAGGGAUGUAGGCUGGCACAGCACCUCGUCCAAAAGCUCAGUCCAGAAAAUGACGAAGAUGAGGAUGAAGAUGUUAAAGUUGAGGAGGCUGAGAAAGUACAGGAAUUAUGUGCUCCCAGGGAGGUGCAGAAGGCUGAAGAAAAGGAAGUCCCUGAGGACUCACUGGAGGAAUGUGUCGUCACUUGUUCAAAUAGCCACGGCCCUUGUGAGUCCAACCAGCCUCACGGGAACACCAAAAUCAUAUUUGAGGAAGACCAAGUCGACUCAACUCUAGUUGUAGACAAUGAAUCCUCUGAUGAUGAAUGGCAGGAUGCUGUAAACCUUCUCCCAGUCCCUGACCCCACCUCUUCUGCCACAAACGUCAGCAUGGUGGUGUCUGCUGGCCCUUGGUCCAGUGAGGAGGCAGAGAUGAACAUUCUAGAAAUCAACAAGAAAUCGCGCCCCCAGCUGGCAGAGCACAAACAGCAGUUCAGAAACCUCAAACAGAAAUUUCUUGUAACUCAACUGGCCUACUUCCUGGCCAACCGGCAGAAUAAUUACGAGUAUGAAGACUGCAAAGACCUCCUCAAAUCUAUGCUGAGGGAUGAGCGGCUGUUCAAGGAAGAGAAGCUUGCAGAGCAGCUCGGGCAAGCUGAGGAGCUCAGGCAAUAUAAAGUCCUGGUUCACUCUCAGGAACGAGAGCUUACCCGAUUAAGGGAGAAGUUACAGGAAGGGAGAGAUGCCUCCCACUCAUUGAAACAGCAUCUCCAGGCCCUCCUCACUCCGCAUGAGCCGGACAACUCCCAGGGACGGGACCUCCGAGAACAGCUGGCUGAGGGAUGUAGGCUGGCACAGCACCUCGUCCAAAAGCUCAGUCCAGAAAAUGACGAAGAUGAGGAUGAAGAUGUUAAAGUUGAGGAGGCUGAGAAAGUACAGGAAUUAUGUGCUCCCAGGGAGGUGCAGAAGGCUGAAGAAAAGGAAGUCCCUGAGGACUCACUGGAGGAAUGUGUCGUCACUUGUUCAAAUAGCCACGGCCCUUGUGAGUCCAACCAGCCUCACGGGAACACCAAAAUCAUAUUUGAGGAAGACCAAGUCGACUCAACUCUAGUUGUAGACAAUGAAUCCUCUGAUGAUGAAUGGCAGGAUGCUGUAAACCUUCUCCCAGUCCCUGACCCCACCUCUUCUGCCACAAACGUCAGCAUGGUGGUGUCUGCUGGCCCUUGGUCCAGUGAGGAGGCAGAGAUGAACAUUCUAGAAAUCAACAAGAAAUCGCGCCCCCAGCUGGCAGAGCACAAACAGCAGUUCAGAAACCUCAAACAGAAAUUUCUUGUAACUCAACUGGCCUACUUCCUGGCCAACCGGCAGAAUAAUUACGAGUAUGAAGACUGCAAAGACCUCCUCAAAUCUAUGCUGAGGGAUGAGCGGCUGUUCAAGGAAGAGAAGCUUGCAGAGCAGCUCGGGCAAGCUGAGGAGCUCAGGCAACAUAAAAUCCUGGUUCACUCUCAUGAACGAGAGCUUACCCGAUUAAGGGAGAAGUUACAGGAAGGGAGAGAUGCCUCCCGCUCAUUGAAACAGCAUCUCCAGGCCCUCCUCACUCCGGAUGAGCCAGACAACUCCCAGGGACGGGACCUCCGAGAACAGCUGGCUGAGGGAUGUAGGCUGGCACAGCGCCUCGUCCAAAAGCUCAGCCCAGAAAAUGACGAAGAUGAGGAUGAAGACGUUAAAGUUGAGGAGGCUGAGAAAGUGCAGGAAUUAUGUGCCCCCAGGGAGGUGCAGAAGGCUGAAGAAAAGGAAGUCCCUGAGGACUCACUGGAGGAAUGUGUCGUCACUUGUUCAAAUAGCCACGGCCCUUGUGAGUCCAACCAGCCUCACGGGAACACCAAAAUCAUAUUUGAGGAAGACCAAGUCGACUCAACUCUAGUUGUAGACAAUGAAUCCUCUGAUGAUGAAUGGCAGGAUGCUGUAGACCUUCUCCCAGUCCCUGGCCCCACCUCUUCUGCCACAAACGUCAGCAUGGUGGUGUCUGCUGGCCCUUGGUCCAGUGAGGAGGCAGAGAUGAACAUUCUAGAAAUCAACAGGAAAUCGCGCCCCCAGCUGGCAGAGCACAAACAGCAGUUCAGAAACCUCAAACAGAAAUUUCUUGUAACUCAACUGGCCUACUUCCUGGCCAACCGGCAGAAUAAUUACGAGUAUGAAGACUGCAAAGACCUCCUCAAAUCUAUGCUGAGGGAUGAGCGGCUGUUCAAGGAAGAGAAGCUUGCAGAGCAGCUCGGGCAAGCUGAGGAGCUCAGGCAAUAUAAAAUCCUGGUUCACUCUCAUGAACGAGAGCUUACCCGAUUAAGGGAGAAGUUACAGGAAGGGAGAGAUGCCUCCCGCUCAUUGAAACAGCAUCUCCAGGCCCUCCUCACUCUGGAUGAGCCGGACAACUCCCAGGGACGGGACCUCCGAGAAGAGCUGGCUGAGGGAUGUAGGCUGGCACAGCACCUCGUCCAAAAGCUCAGCCCAGAAAAUGACGAAGAUGAGGAUGAAGAUGUUAAAGUUGAGGAGGCUGAGAAAGUGCAGGAAUUAUGUACCCCCAGGGAGGUGCAGAAGCCUGAAGAAAAGGAAGUCCCUGAGGACUCACUGGAGGAAUGUGUCGUCACUUGUUCAAAUAGCCACGGCCCUUGUGAGUCCAACCAGCCUCACAGGAACACCAAAAUCACAUUUGAGGCAAACCAGUUCGACUCAACUCUCAUUGACUCAUUCUCUCAUGAUGAAUGGUUGGAUGCUGUGUGCAUUAUCCCAGAAAAUGAAAGUGAUCAUGAAGAAGAGGAGGAAAAAGGGCCAGUGUCUCCCAGGAAUCUGCAGGAGUCUGAAGAGGAGGAAGCCCCCCAGGAGUCCUGGGAUGAAGAUGAUUCGACUCUCUCAAUUUCUCCUGACAUGUCUGCCUCAUACCAGUCUGACAGGAGCACCUUUCACUCAGUAGAGGAACAGCAAGUCGGCUUGGCUCUUGACAUAGGCAGACAUUGGUGUGAUCAAGUGAAAAAGGAGGACCAAGAGGCCACAGGUCCCAGGCUCAGCAGGGAGCUGCUGGAUGAGAAAGAGCCUGAAGUCUUGCAGGACUCACUGGAUAGAUUUUAUUCAACUCCUUGUGGGUAUCUUGAACUGCCUGACUUAUGCCAGCCCUACAGAAGUGCCUUUUACUCACUGGAGGAACAACACCUUGGCUUGGCUUUUGACGUGGACAGAAUUAAAAAGGACCAAGAAGAGGAAGAAGACCAAGGCCCACCAUGCCCCAGGCUCAGUAGAGAGCUGCUGGAGGUAGUAGAGCCUGAGGACUUGCAGGACUCACUGGAGAGAUGUUAUUCGACUCCUUCUAGUUAUCUAGAACUGCCUGAUUCAUGCCAGCCCUACGGAAGUUGCUUUUACUCAUUGGAGGAACAACACAUUGGCUUUUCUCUUGACGUGGAUGAAAUUGAAAAGUACCAAGAAGGGGAAGAAGAUCAAAACCUACCAUGCCCCAGGCUCGAUGGGGUGCUGAUGGAAGCAGAAGAGCCUGAAGUCUUGCAGGACUCACUGGAUAGAUGUUAUUCGACUACUUCAACUUACUUUGAACUACAUGCCUCAUUCCAGCACUACAGAAGUGCCUUUUACUCAUUUGAUGAACAACACAUCAGCUUGGCCCUUGACAUGGACAAUAGGUUUUUUACUUUGACGGUGAUAAGGCACCACCUGGUCUUCCAGAUGGGAGUCAUAUUCCCACACUAAGUAGCCCUUACUAAGCUGAGAGAUGUCAUUGCUGCAGGCAGGACCUAUAGGCACAUGUAGGUUUGAAUGAAACUGUAGUUCCCUUUGGAAGCCCAGACAUAGGAUGGGAAAGUGGGCGUGGCUCUAUUCCUAUUCUGAGACCAUGCCAGUGGCCACCUGUGCUCAGUCUGAAGACAUUGGACCCAAGUUAGCUGUGACACGUUCACAUGACUAUGUAGCACAUGCCGGGAGUGAUCUGCCAGACAUUCUAAUUUGAACCAGAUAUCUCUGGGUAGCUACAAAAUUCCUCAGGGAUUUCAUUUUGCAGGCAUGUCUCUGAGCUUCUAUACCUGCUCAAGGUCAGUGUCAUCUUUGUGUUUAGCUCAUCCUAAGGUGUUACCCUGGUUUCAAUGAACCUAACCCCAUUCUUUGUAUCAUCAGCGUUGGUUUGUUUUAGCUGAUCCAUCUGUAACACAGGGGGGAUCCUUGGCUGAGGAUUGUAUUUCAGAACCACUGACUGCUCUUGACAAUUGUUACCCCACUAGGCUCCUUUGAGUAGAGAAGCCAUAGUCCUUCAGCCUCCAAUUGAUAUCAAUACUUAGGAAGACCACAGCUAGAUGGACAAACAGCAUUGAGAGGCCUUAGCCCUGCUCCUUUCAAUUCCAUCCUAUAAAGAACAGGAGUCAGGAGCCGCUGGCAAGAGACAGCAUGUCACCCGGGACUCUGCCAGUGCAGAAUAUGAACAAUGCCAUGUUCUUGCAGAAAACACUUAGCCUGAGUUUCAUAGGAGGUAAUCACCAGACAACUGCAGAAUGUAGAACGCUGAGCAGGACAACUGACCUGUCUCCUUCACACAGUCCACGUCACCACGAAUCACACAACAGAAAGGAGGAGGGAUAUUUUGGGUUCAAAAAAAGUAAAUGAUAAUGUAUCUACAUUUCUUUACUUAUUUUGAACCCCAAAUAUUUCCUCAUCUUUUUGUUGUUGUCAUUGAUUGUGGUGACAUGGACUUGUUUGCAGAGGACAGGUCAGCUGUCUGGCUCAAUGGUCUACAUUCUGAAGUUGUCUGAAAAUGUCUUCAUGAUUAAAUUCAGCCUAAACGUUUUGUCAAGUACACUGCAGAGUCAAUACUGUGAGUUUCCAACCUCAGCCCAUCUGUGGGCAGAGAAGGUCUAGUUUGUCUAUCAGCAUUAUCAUGAUAUCAGGACUGGUUAUUUGGUUAAGGAGGGGUCUAGGAGAUCUAUCCCUUUUAGAGACACCUUACUUAUAAUGAAGUAUUUGGGAGAGUGGUUUUUAAAAGUAUAAACGUCCUGUAUUCCAAUGAUCAUCCUCUAAACAUUUUAUCAUUUAUUAAUCAUCCCUGCCUGUGUCUAUUCUUAUAUUCAUAUCUCUACACUGGAAAUGUUCUGUCUCAAUUUUUACUGGGCCUUUGUUUUUGCUAGUGUCUAUUGUUCAAAAAAAACAUUCUCUGCCUGAGUUUUAAUUUUCCUCCAAAGUCAUUUUAAUCUAUACGAUUAAAAACUUUUGCCUAUCA